AUAAUCUUUUGCUGUCCACACGUUCGUUUUUACUAUAUAUUGCUACUUCCAACCACAAAGUUGAAAACCAUUACUACAAUCUCUUUCUUCUUUCUUCUUUGUUACAGUCUUCAACAAUGGCUUCACCUUUUUCACCUUUUGUUUUAGCGCUCACAGUUUCCAUUUUCAUCUCUCUAGUCUUUCCCACUUCAGCUCUCACCUGCACUUCUCAGAAGCUUUCACCGAACCACUCCUUCGCAAACUGCACAGAUCUCCCAGCUCUAGGCGCCACUCUUCAUUACACCUACAACGACACCACCCGGGCCAUCUCCGUCGCUUACUCCGCCACACCGCCUGCAAACGGUUGGGUUGCAUGGGGAGUUAACCCCAGCGGCGGCGGUAUGGUCGGAACUCAAGCACUCAUCGCUUUCAAAAAGCAAGAUAAAGUCGAAGUCCUCCUCUUCAAUCUCACUUCCUACAAUUCUCUCACUCCCGUCACGAAUCUCUCCGUUGAAACAUCGGCGAUUUCCGGUGAAGAAUCUAACGGCGUUAUAACGAUAUUCGCAACGGUUAUUUUACCGAAAAAGACGGAUGUUAAUAUUACUCAGGUCUGGCAAGUGGGACCCGUUGUUAGUGGGAGGCCAAUGAAGCAUGAUUCAACGCCGGAUAACUUGAAAGCUGUUACGAGUUUGUCUGUGGAGACCACUGCAAUUGGAGGUGCGAAUAGCACUACUGGAGGUGGGAAUAGCACUACUGGAGGUGGGAAUAGCACCGCAUCUGCUCCUUCUGCUGCAGGUGGUGGGGUGAGUUUAGUAGUACCUGGGUUGGGAUAUUGCUUUGGGUUUGUUAUGAUAUUAUUCAGUUUAAUUACUAUGUGAGAGAGAAUGAGAAUGAUUUGAUGUCAUUCUUUUCACACUCUUUCUUGAACAAUAAUUUUUCUUAUUUAUUAUUAUGUCUAUCAUCACUAUCCUCUUGGUUUGUUUCUUUCUUUUCAGAAGUUGAAUCUGGAAAUUUUUCAGAUCUCAAUUUGGUUUUAGACCUUUUGUAAUUUGUAUCCACUUUAGAAAUUCAGCUUUUACGGAUUCCUAUUUUAA